GAAUGUGGAAAUGCUAUCACGCCUUAUUUUCCUAAUUCCUCGAUGUUGGGUUUUUUCUCUUCUUUAUAUCUCAACUUUUAAUGCUCUUCUUCCUAUGACCUUUCAUCUAAAAACUGACCACUCCUUUACAGGUUUUCACGGUAAAAAAAAAAAAAAAAAAAUCUGUCUUUCUUUAAUCUUACAUAACUGAACAAAUUCAUUGGCUCAGUAUUUUUAAGACAACUACUCAGUAUAUACCGUUCUGUAACUUAAAAGAUGACCUGAAAAUUAACGGGCCCUCUCCCAUUUCUCUUCUCACCCUAUCCCCCACCGAACAGGGCUCAGAAGAAAGUUUUUAUUAAUAUAUUUGGGGUCGGAGAAAUAUAAACAUCACAAAGAAUACGUUAUCCCCAGCUUAAAUGUACUGGAACGCUUGUCAGUUUCAUUUCCAAAGUUUACCCUACAGAGAGAAUUGUAGAAGUGAGUUAGUAGAAGUCAGUUCGUGUGAAACCCUGGAAAGAAAACAAAAGCCCCAUGCAACACGUUCUGGGCUGUUGUGUUGAUGUUUAUUCUAGUCACUAGGGGAAGCACAUAAAAACACUUGAGGUGUGUGCUGAAGGGCGAAUUUUGUGCUUAUUGGGAGUUCAUGAUAGAACCAAAAAGUCAAAUCAGAAGGUCAGUUUAGGCUUUAGUUCUCUUUGAGGAAAGAGAUUUAAAGCAAUAGACUAUAAUAGUUACCCAGUAGACUAAAGAAGUUGCCUUUAAUUCUUUUGAUUGGAAUUUUUUUACGAAGUUUGGAGCAUGGAAACAAUGAAAAUUGAACCUGCUCGUUUUUUAGGAUGGUGUAUUGAUUGCCCCAACAGAACUUUCUAAAAUCAUGCGAUAAACAUAUAUGAUAGUUGUUGUAAAAUGGUUCUUGUUUUGAAAAUGUUGAGUAAUUAUCGAUAGAAAUUUUGCUGUCCAUACAUUCCUUCAGUUAACUUUCAUUAUUUAAAAAAAUUGGGGGGUUGAUGUUUGGUUUGGUUUGCGGGGAGUGAAGAGGACUACUGGAGGGACCUUGUUUGCUUGCUUUUUUUUUUUUUUUUAAUUUAUCAUCAAGUCUAGGAAAGGAGUAAGUUGCCGACAAUUGUCACUUUUCCCUCCUAAGAAAGUAACAUGUUAAAAUUCCCACCUACCAGCCUGGGCGACAGAGUGAGACUCCCGUCUCCAAAGAAAAAAAGAAAAAGAUCCCCACCCACUUUUAAGCUAAAAUAUAUGUAGGCAUUAAAGAUUUAUUUAAUAGAAAUAAAGGGCCCUCUUACGGCCCUUUGUGGUCAUAGGAAAUAUUUUUUUCACAAGUGGUACCUAAGUGUAUUUUAGUGUAAAUCAACUAGUGCUUGUAGGCUCACCUGUUGUAUCUUUUUAUGUUUUGUCUUUUAGUUUUUAUAGGAUGAGAUAAUAGGCUUUAUUUGUAAUUGAUUAAAGAAUUAGAACGAUGCUAGAAGCUUGUCUGGAGAUGUCCUUUUUAAAAUCGUUUCUGGCCGGGCGCAGUGGCUCACGCCUGUAAUCCCAACAAUUUGGGAGGCCGAGGCGGGUGGAUUACUUGAGGUUAGGAGUUCGAGACCAGCCUGCCCAACGUGGUGAAACCCUGUCUCUACUAAAAAUACAAAAUUAGCCGGGCGUGGUGGCGUGCGCCUGCAAUCCCAGCUACUUGGGAGGCUGAGGCAGGAGAAUUACUUGAACCUGGGAAGUGGAAUUGUGCCACUGCACUCCAGUCUGGGCAACAGAGUGAGACUCUUGUCUCAAAAAUAAGUAAAUACAUAGGUCCAUUAAAGCAAUUUUAAGUGGAGAUGUCCUUUGGAGCUGGGAGUGAAGGUAGCACUUAAGCGGUGGCUUUGCAUGUCUUGAUAAAAGUAAUGAGUUGUUUGCCUCAAUACAGCUUCAACUAAAAUUCGGAUUUUGAGCUCAAAAAAUGUUAAUGCCCUUCAUAGAAAUUAAGGGGAAUGGAAAUCUUUUCUUAACAUUUUACACCUCUACCCCUAAAAUUUUAAGAACUGUACUUUAUAAAAAUGUGCAAUUUUCAUACAGCAGUCCAGUGUUGAUGAUAGAGAUUAAUGAUUCCUUAUUGUUAGGGACCUAUCUUGUAAUUCCAGAGCUAUUUAUGUUUUCUACAGUUGAAGAGGAAAAAUACCGCUUAUUCAUGCCUCCUUUUCAGGAUUUGUUCUGGCUUCUUGAGUAGCUGGAAUAUUUUUGAGAGACUCCUACAGGCCCGGCGGAGUGGCACAUGCCUGUAAUCCUAGCUACUUAGGAGGCUGAGGUGGGAGAAUUGCUUAAACACGGGAGGCAGAGGUUGCAGUGAGCCGAGAUCGCAUCACUGCACUCCAGCCUGGGCGACAGAGCGAGACUCUUGUCUCAAAAAAAAAAAAAGGGCAAACAAAUGUAUCUGUACCAAUUUGGAAUUAAAAGUUUUGUGUGUAUAGAUUUUUUGUUAAAGAAUAGAAGAAAUGGGCGGAGGGUCCUUUUCUGAAAUCUGAGAAUGAUAGGGAUGAUGACUACUCAUUCAAAACCCAGGUCUGUGACUGGCUUGUUUAAAAACAAGGCCGGCGCGGUGGCUCCCACCUGUAAUCCCAGCGCUUUGGGAGGGUGAGACGGGCGGAUCACAAGGUCAAGAGAUGGAGACCAUCCUGGCCAAUAUGGUGAAAUCCCGUCUCUACUGAAAAUACAAAAAUUAGCUGGGCGUGGUGGCGCGCCUCUGUAGUCCCAGCUACUCUGGAGGUUGAGGCAGAGAAUCACUUGAACCCAGGAGGCGGAGGUUGCAGUGAGCCGAGAUUGGCCACUGCACUCCAGCCUGGCAAUAGAGCGAGACUGCGUCUCAAAAAAAAAAAAAAAAAAAAAAAACACAGAGAACUUUUAAAUUGGGCUUAAAAUUUUUUUGUGUAUUAAAUUUUAAGAUAAAUGUGAGAGAUGUCAUAGCAUUUUGCUUAUUCAGCGCCUUUAGCAAUUUAAUUCCAUGUAUCAUUAAAUUGACCUUACAUAAGGGUAAAGCUUUCUUUCUUAUAGUAGGGAUAGUGUUAACCUAAGAGAGUCUUGGGUUUAAUCUAUUUUCCGAAAUUUAAGUACUAUGAUUUAUCUGAUUUUAAUGCUUUCAAUUGUUCUCCUCCCCCCUUCCAUUUAAGCAAAGAAUUUGUAAACUUAAAAAAAAAUAAAAUCUCAAAUUUUUAUAUUUGAGGUUCUUUCACUGAAGGAUGCUGAUCUGCUCAAUAUAAGUAGAGGGCAAGAUUUUGAAAAGGAGCAGCACAAGUAAUUAUACCCACAGUGCAUAACUAAUUUUACAGGUCUGUCAUAGAGGCUUAUACUUUGUACCACUCAUUAAAUGGAAUAUAGAACCUUGAGAUCUGAAAGAAUGUCCAGGGAUUUAAAUAUUUAGGGAUGUGUGGUUUGGAAAACACUUUGUGGGCUUAAUUUUGUAAAUCAACCAAACUCUUUAACCUAUGAUGUAGCAUGUGUAUUACAACAAGUGUGAAAUAUCAUCAAUAAUCAGCAUAGUAGUUUCCUAGAACUUGACUGGCAGAAAACUUUCUUUGAUAGUAUCAGUGGGUGCUCAUCCAUUAGAUAACUAAAAGAUGUGUAUUCGUGUGCUAAUGAAUUAAAACUGAUUGCUAUUUGUUCCUAUGUCCUCACAAAUUUAGCAAGACAGGCAUGGAGGUGAAAAAAUAGUAACAACUAGAUGAGGGAAAGAUUGUAUACACUGAAGAAAAGUUGAGAGGAGACUAAUAAAGGGAAAUAUGGUUUCCCUUCCCUCCUUUUAAGUUACUGCUAUAUAUAGUUAUAUAUAAUCCUUACUGUCCCAUGACUUUCACCAAAGAUGGAGUGACUAGGCCUGACUGAUACAUAAAGAAAAGUUGUGAUUUUUCCUUGAAACCAGGACCCUAUCAUCUGACUUACCAAGAUUCAUAAAUACUGUAUAACACCAGAAGAUUAGAACAUAAUGUUAAAUCACAUUAGUCCUUAUAAACAAACUUGUUUUUUCUACCUUUGAAAUUACCACUUACACAUUAGCUUUUUGGACAUUACAAUUGAUCACAAUAUAUAAGCUAGGAGACUUAUGAACCACGUUUAAAAUUUGUACAAAAGAUUAUAAAUUUUACAGGUAAUUUCACAAUUAUGGCAUGAGUUUAAAUUUGAUUAUAUGUGUCAGUUACUAAAUCAUUUAUUUAUGAUAAAACUUCUAAACUUUAGAGAAUAAGCAAACAUACAGUAUUAGAAUAUGUUUGAGUCUUUGCAGAUAAAGACCACAUAGGCAUGCUGCAUUUAAAAGAAGGGAAAUUAUUGUUUCAAUUUAAUAUGAGCAGUCGCUAUCUUCUUUUUAAGGGAUUUGUUCUAAUAGCAGUUAUGGUUUAAGAAGAGAAUGGAAGUGUUGCUUUAACUUCAUGGGGGUCUGUAAAAGUAUUCUCCCAUACCCAAGAGGAAGGAAGCAGAACUGUUCUUUCUAUAGGCUGAGGUUGAGUAAAUACAGGUUUUUUACAAGUCCUAAAGAAGUUCUUUAGUAAGUAGUAAGAUGAAUAUUGUAAGGUAUUUGAAUAAUUUCGAUACAUUUCCCUUCUUUUUGGGUACUUGUGAUUUUCCUGAAUGCACUAGUGUGUAUCUAUGGAAAUAGAGCUCCAGUGUCAUAAAGUAGCAGAAAAUACAUUUUGAGUAAGUCUGUUUUACAAGCUUAUACUCAUAGACUUGGACUUAAGUAAAUUUGGCACUAUUAAAUGGCAUAGAAUUUGCCUGGCCUUAAUGUUAGAGUAAGUUACAGUAUAGCAUUUAAUAGUUUAUUUAUUUUAAUGGAUAGCACAUAUAUAUAUUGUGUUGGAAUUUCUUUUUAUAGUGUGACACAGGCUGUAUUAAAAGACUGCAGUUAUUGCUUGCUGUAGGAAUUGUUCAUGUUCCGCAACAUUAUGUACGUGUAUAUAAUAACCCUUUUCCUGAUUAAAAGAAUAGUACAUGGCUAUUGUGGUUAUUCACAGUGUGUAAAAUACAACUCUGUUUUAACACAGACAAUUCUUGACCAGCUUGUAUUGGAUACACUAUAAUACUUUCUUAGUGUUUUAGUUAGUUCCCUCCUUUUAAUUUUUGGCCAUUUCCUUCAACCAGCAGCAGGGGCAUCGUGAUAAUAAAGAAUAGUUGAAACAAGCAGGCCGGUUGCGGUGGCUCAUGCCUGUAAUCCCAGCACUUUGCGAGGCCGAGGUUAAUGUUCGUGAAGAAAUUGAAGAGUUUUUUCCAAGAAUGUGGAAGAUAAAUCAAGAUAAAAGAAGGCUAAUGAAAAGUAUUAAAGAUCAGAAAAUUAAAAUUGAAUGGGGGAAAAAAUUGAACAGAAGAUUGGUCAGAUAGAAGCACUUGAAUAUUUUUUUAAGGCUAUUUUGAAUUGUUUGAAUUGGGGAAGAAUACACGAAGUAUGAAAAAUGAAAAACUCAAUGAAGAAUGAAGAGAAGUAGAAAGCAAGAGUGAAGUAGAAUUAAAAGAAUCUGGAAGAAUGAAUGGGUCCUAGGUUAAGUAAAUGUAUGGUUUAUGUUCCAGUGUCUGUAUGAUCAAGUUGUAGAUGAAUUUGCAUGAUUACUUAGUUAAUAGAGAAUUGGUGAUCUGGUUCAAGUAGGGAAUUAUUGAGGACAGUUAGCAGUAUUAACAAUGGGUUAUUAUUGAGCUGAAAUUUUUUCUGGAGGGUGUUGCCUAACCAUUUGUUUUUCAGGAGCAAUCAAUAUAAAUAAUUACGGUACUUUAAAUGUUAGGUGUUAGGCAUCUACAUGACCAGUGCCAUUUGUAAUACUGUCUUCUUUGUUAGGAGUCUCGCUCUCAGUCAAAAUCUCCAACGGGAACUCCUGCUCGUGUAAAAUCGGAGAGCAGGUCAGGAUCUCGUAGUCCAUCAAGGGUUUCCAAACACUCUGAAUCCCAUUCUCGAUCAAGAUCAAAAUCCAGGUCGAGGUCAAGGAGACAUUCUCAUAGACGUUACACUCGAUCCAGAUCCCACUCUCACUCUCAUAGGAGACGAUCUCGAAGUAGAUCAUAUACACCAGAAUACCGGCGGCGAAGGAGCCGAAGCCAUUCUCCAAUGUCUAACCGGAGAAGACAUACUGGCAGCAGGGCAAAUCCAGAUCCCAACACUUGCCUUGGAGUGUUUGGCCUCAGUUUGUACACAACAGAGAGAGAUCUUCGUGAAGUAUUUUCUCGAUAUGGACCAUUGAGUGGUGUCAAUGUGGUUUAUGAUCAGCGAACUGGGCGAUCUCGAGGAUUUGCUUUUGUGUAUUUUGAGAGAAUAGAUGACUCAAAGGAGGCUAUGGAAAGGGCAAAUGGAAUGGAGCUGGAUGGUAGAAGAAUUCGGGUGGAUUAUUCUAUCACCAAGAGAGCGCACACACCAACACCAGGCAUCUACAUGGGCAGACCAACUCAUAGUGGUGGUGGUGGUGGAGGAGGCGGCGGCGGUGGAGGUGGAGGUGGUGGCAGACGUCGAGAUUCUUACUAUGAUAGAGGAUAUGAUCGUGGGUAUGACAGAUACGAAGACUAUGAUUACCGGUACAGAAGACGAUCACCUUCUCCAUAUUAUAGUCGAUAUAGAUCACGAUCAAGAUCUCGUUCCUACAGCCCAAGACGCUAUUGAUAACGGAAUGGUUGCAAUUAAGGACAUUUUUUUUCCUCUUUAUUUUCUUUUCAAUUCUGAGAUGUCCCCAGGCUUUGGAUUCUUCCUACUCCUUAAGAAAAACACUUUGGUUUAUUUAGCAUCUACACUUUUGUCAAUUGUGUUGCUGUUUUUCACCCCUUUUAUUAUACUCUUAAAGAUGUAAUUGUCAUUUUGAGCAGUUAAACAUCUUGAGUAUAAAAAGAAUCCCAAUGUUAUGCUUUGUAAAUUUUUUUGCUUUUACCUAGAUAAACUUCUAGCUAAUCAAAUAAGGAAAGAAACUGUCUUUUUAAAGCUUCUUUUGUGUUAGAUAGUGUAUUAGAGAUCUGCAUUUAUCAUGAGCUCUUUUUUUUUUUUUAACUUUAUUUUCGGGAAAGUAACACAUGAAGUAGUUCAGUCAUGUCAGGUUUGUCUGGGGUGGAAUGGAACAGUCAGGUAGUUGAAAGUUUUUUUUUUUUUUUUGAGAUGAAAAGCUUGUGAACUCCUGUAAAACAUGCUGUAUUUGAAAUACAUCUGUUAAAACUUAAAAACUAAAGUGUGAUUUUUUUUGUUGUUGUUAAAUUUAUUGAAGUUUAUUCCCUUAAUCAGUGAAGGACAACCCUUAUUUAUUACCUAGAGCAGUUGUAUAAUUUGCUGUUAGAAAUUUUGGUAUUGGGACAGUGGAUAAGCAGGUUAUCAUAUAGCAUAGAAUUCUUAAAAGAUACAUGUGGGGAAAAGUAGUCUCAAAUAAAAGCUAAUUUCUUUGAAAA